AUGCCCAGCGAGAGCAGAUUGAAUCGACAUCGGCCGUUCUCUGGUGAACAAGAAAGACGGGACUCUCAUGAAAAAUGGCGGAAAGCCCGUCAACACGGACUUGCCAUGUGCAGUGAAUUCGUUGGCACAACAAUAUUCUUGUGGUUUGCUUUCGCAGGCGCCCAAACUGCAGCAGCAACCGGUGGAGGUGUUGCAGAAACUCCAGAGCAGGUGAUGUUGACCAGUUUGAGCUUCGGUUUCAGCUUGCUUGUCACCGUUUGGGCAUUUUAUCGCGUUAGCGGUGGCCUUUUUAAUCCUGCCGUGACAUUGGGAAUGGUUAUUACAGGAACUCUGCCGUGGUUCCGUGGACUGCUCCUAUUACCAGCACAACUUCUUGGUGGCAUCGUCGCCGCUGCACUUGUGCAAUGCAUGUUCCCCGGGCCCUUGGUCGUCAACACUCUCCUCCAGGCUGAUGUGACUCCAGCACAGGGUGUCUUUAUUGAAAUGUUCCUUACGAGCUUGCUAGUAUUUACGAUAUUGAUGCUGGCAGCGGAGAAGCAUUAUGGAACAUUUGUGGCACCGGUUGGAAUUGGAAUUUCUUUAUUCGUUGCCAUGAUGGCCGGCGUUUAUUACACGGGCGCCUCACUGAAUCCGGCUCGCAGCUUUGGCCCGGCUGUCGCAACCGCCAAUUUCCCGGGGUACCAUUACAUAUAUUGGUUCGGUCCUGUUAUGGGUAGUCUGCUUGCCGGCGGAUAUUAUAAAUUUCUUAAGUACUUCAACUAUGAAGAGUCAAAUCCUGGACAAGAUGCCAUUGAUGAGCGAGAGAAGGCCCGGGAUACGGCGUCGACCAAUCAACAGGCUAAUCGCAAGUAG